AUGGGUUCACUUAAGAUUGAUUCAGGAGUGGCUAGAGAUAUGUUUACUGGGUAUGUAGUUGUUGGGGAUAAUCCUUUUAAUAUGGUUGAUGAUAGGAGAUUUAGAAAUUGGGUAAAAUAUAUUAGUUCAACUUUGAAACUUCCUUCUAGGAAUACGGUUAAGGCUGACAUAGUGAAAGUUCACAAGAGAGAAGCUGGAAAACUUAAAAAAAUUUUAGUUUCCAUUCCAAAUAGAAUUUUCUUAACAUCUGAUCUUUGGACUUCGAGUACCAAUGAGGGGUUUAUAUGUUUGACUGCACAUUUUAUUGAUGAGAACUGGAAAUUACAGAAUUUUUUCAUUACUUUGGAUAAUGAUUCUUCUAAUGAUACUUGUGUUGAACACUUGAAAAGUUUGGAUGUGCAUGGUUCAUUGUUGUGUGGUGGUGAAUUCUUUCAUGUUUGUUGUUUUGCUCAUAUUUUAAAUCUUAUUGUCCAAGAUGGAAUAAAAAUAUGUAGUGAUGCAGUGUAUAAGAUUAGAGAGUCAAUUAAGUUUCUGAGAAAAUCUGAAAGUCGAAUGGUUAAGUUUAAAGAAUAUUUUGAAGAUAUUGAGGGACUUGAGUAUACGACUGCAUUAUGUUUAGAUGUUCCUACUAGGUGGAAUUCACUUUAUGCAAUGCUUGCAAGUGCUAUUCCUUAUAAGAAAGCUUUUGAAAUGUAUAAAGUAAAAGAAGCUGGGUUUAGGGAGUAUUGUCCUUCAUCAGAUGAGUGA